AUGGCCGUAGGGAUGGACACUUUGCAAUCCCUGUACUCGCGUUCGGGGAGGUCGUUUUCCGACGGCCCUUCUUCGAACGGAGCGGGUGGGUCUCGUCAUAUUGCUCGACAAGACCAUGGAUAUCUACAAUCAGCUGGGCACGAGGUCCCUAGCUGUCCCGCGCCGGUGGAUAGCCACGCAAGCGGAAAGAUACAUCUUGAUCGGACGCCAUUCACGUCGCGAUGGUUCAAAUACACUCCACCAGAAAGCGUUGACCACCGCCAGAGUCCACCAAAGGAUGUGGUGGUAACGGGAACACCUGCUCCGGCUCGAGGGUCGGAUCAACUUGAUGUUCAGGAGCUGAACCGUGUAACGGAGCACUUGCGAGAUGAUCUGGCUCGUGAACGGACUCGGCGUUAUGGACUCCAUGAUCUUGUAAAGGAUAAUUACAAUUCCCUAACGCACGAUCGUUUGGAUGAUCGUGCUGCGUUUGCGUUCGCACAACUUGAGAACGAACGUUCGACUCGUUCUCGUCGUGACGAGCUGUCUGUAGCUCGUCGAGACAUCGCUGAACUGCGUGAGCAGGUCGCUUCGCUAGUCGACCAGACUGGCUCGUCGAAACGGGAACACUCGAAGGUGGUCUCGGCUCUCGACCGCGGAGGUGUUCUCCGCCUCUCAAAACUGCCUCGUUCUGAUAGUACGGGCAAGGACGUCCAACGUAAAACGUAG